AGUUAUUGUAUGCUUUUAAAAUAAUUAGAGUAAACAUUUUUGUAUGUUUAUUGUUUUUUAUGAUAUUAGUUGAAAUCGUACAACAACAACCUCUACCAAUUGGCAUUGAAAUUGAAGAGGCACACAAAGAUAAUGCAAUUGAAGAAGAGUUUCGAGGUAGUUUACUUGGAUUUACAGGAGACACAUGGGAAGAAAUUUAUGAAGCAUACAAGAAACAUGCAAAUGCAGUGGGAUUUGGAGUACGAAAGUCAUCAACAAGAUACACACAAGGUAAAAUUAAAAAGGUAAGAGGAAAAGAAUUUGUGUGUUCAAAACAAGGAUUUCGAUGCAAUACAAAGCCUAAAAACGCAGGUACACCAACAAUUACACCAGAAUCGCAGCAAAAUAAUAAAAAAAAGACAAGAAAAGGAAAGCAAGUUCCAAUUACAAGAACAGGAUGCAAAGCUUAUCUUAGAGCAAAAGUAAACCCUGAUGGUACAUGGGAAGUUGAUGAUCAUGUCGUGAAGCAUAAUCAUGAGCUCACUAAAAGAAAUUCCAACACUUGCAUAGGUCUGAGAGACGAAUCACGACAGAAAAAGGAGAAACAAUAAACCUAAUGCUUGAAAGUGGACUAAGACCUGCCCAAGCAUACAAUUUGAUGUCACAUGAAGCAGGAGGCAUUCAAUCAGUAGGUCACACUCUGACAGAUCAUCUCAACUAUAUCUCAAGAAAGAAGAUGAAAGAAAUUGAAGGCGGAGAUGCACAAAAUGUCAUAGAUAAUUUGUAUCAAAGACAACAGAAAGAUCAAGAUCAUUUCUUCAGAUUCAAGUUGGGAGGAGGGGAUAAAGGAAACAAAUUGACUGCAAUAUUUUGGAGAGACUCUCAAAUGAUGGAAGAUUACAAGAUAUAUGGCGAUGUGAUAGUGUUUGAUACAACAUUUCGCACAAAUAAGUAUAAUCUUAUUUGUGCACCAAUCGUUGGUAUCAACAACCAUUGGCAAAAUGUCAUGUUUGGUUGUGCAUUUAUUGCAAAUGAAACACAAGAAACAUUUGAAUGGGUUCUCAACACAUUUAAGAAGUCAAUGGGUGGAUUAGACCCUAUUUCAAUAUUCACUGAUCAAGACUUGGCCAUGUCAAAGGCAAUUCAAAAGGUACUUCCAAAUACAAGACACAGACUUUGCAUUUGGCAUCUUAUCAAGAAUGCUGUGUCAAGAUUUGGAGCUUUGAAGAAGGAUCCUGAGUUCAAGAAAGUAUUUAAUAAAUGUUUAAGAGGAUGCAUAACACCAGAAGAAUUUGAACAAUGUUGGGAAAAAAUGAUAAAAGAUUACAAGCUUAAACAAAGCAAGUGGUUCAAUAGAUUGUACAAGUUAAAGAACAAAUGGUGCACUGCAUUAAGCAAAGAUUUCUUCUCAGCUGGAAUUUUAUCAUCACAGAGAAGUGAGAGCACAAACAACGCAGUUGGGUUUAAGGCUAGGAAAAGUACUAGCUUGACUGAUUUCUUUAAGAUUUUUGAUAACACUAUACAACGGUGGAGGAAGAAUGAAGCAAACGCAGAUUUCAGAUGUGCAAAUUCAAAGCCAUCCUCUAAUUUGCCAAUGUGUGGCAUACUAAAACAUGCAUCUGAAAUAUACACUCAAACUCUGUUUAGAGAAAUUGAGACUGAGUUCAGUCAUGGACUUAAAUGCUUGACAAAAUGCAUUGAUGAGGUUGGUUCAGCAUUUAUGUAUGAAGUAUGGAUUGAGGAAAAUGAGAAAUCAAAGCAACUAGUGUCUUUUGACAUGACUAACAAUACAAUAGAAUGUAGUUGCAAGAAUUUUCAAGAAGUUGGUUGGUUAUGCUAUCAUUGCUUCAGAGUUUUUUUCAUACAUUCAGUCAACAGAAUACCUGACAAAUACAUUUACAAGAGAUGGACAAAGCUAGCAAAAGCAGAAUAUUGGAAAAGAAGGGAAGAAACAACAACAAAAAGUGAAGCUCAACAACAAAAAUAUAUGCCUUGGCGAACAGUGAUGGCUAGGAAAUCAUACAACUUAAUCUUAAAGAGUCAGGCAUAUCAAGAAACAAGAAGACUACUGGAGGUAAAAUACAAUGAUAUAGCAAAGGAAAUUGAACAAGUCAUUUUGAACAAGAUCUCAGAGGAAGCACAAGAGCCACAACAAACAAUAGACAAUGAAGAACACCAAAUGAAUAUACCAGUGGUUGAAGAUCCCGAAAGAGCAAACACAAAAGGGAGAAGUAAGAGGAUAAAAGGUUUUUUUGAGAAAGGAAAACAACCAAAACAAAAGAAGACUAAAGCAAUGACCGUGCAAGGAGAAGGAAUAGAAUAUGGAACUAUAACACCAAUUCAAAAGCCUACAUUAUUCUAAUAUAUAGAUACUGAUUAUGAUAAUAUAUAAUUAAUAUUAUUAAGUUCUUCUUUUGUCAAAUACUUUUUCUUAAAAUAUUAUGUUUUGUUCAUACAAAAUUAAUCCUUUAAGGAUGAAUAAUUGAACUUAUACAUAUUAUGUU